AUGGCGGCUGCGGACGCUUCGGCCGCUCUCCACGGCCCUUCUUCCUGCCCUCAGCUGGCAAGGAAGAAUCACCCUUGGGGCGCUGCCGAGAUACGGUGUACCCAGUGUGGGAAAAGAGUGCCCAGCCUUUCCGGUCAUCAGCAUGAACUUCAGUGUGGACACACAUUUUGUGAACAGUGCUUGUUGAUAACCGAAGGAUACAGCACAACUGUAAGCCCCAAUUGUGAGGUUGCUACAACUAUAAGUACAAGACAGGAAGACAACCCAAUAGAUGAAUGUAUUAAAGAAGAUUCUCUUAUGGAAAAACUGCAGCCUGAAAUGACAAAAAAUUGUUCUCAGGAUUUUAAAAAGACUGUCAGUCAGCCAACUAUUGGUUUAGAAAAUUCAGCCUCCACACACAGGACUGUUUUGAGCUCAUCAUCUGUCAUGGCGGAGUCUAAGACUACGGAAGAAAUUGAUGAUGCAUUGACGGUAGCAGGUUAUAAUUUUGAACAAUUAAGUACUGCUGUAAAAAUGCUUAAGCAUAUGCAUAAUCAAGCAAAAGAGGAGACAGACAGUCUUAUAGAGAUUCUUGAGAAACAAUUUGAUCAACUUUUUGCUUCGCUUCAUUCCAGGAAAAAGAGUCUGUGCGAAGAAGUUGUGAGAAAUACAGAUGAUUACUUCUCAUAUGUAGUAAUGACUAAAGAUUACGUUGAAGAAAAAAAAAAUUAUUUGGAUGCAGCCAUGAAGAUAGCCAGAGAAUUGAAAUCUGCACCUUCUCUAAGGACAUAUUGUGAUCUGAGUCAGAUUAUCCGAACUUUGAAAUUAUCAUAUGAGAGUGAAUUGUCAGAAGUGGCCUCUCUAAAAUUAAGGCGUUUUCCCAGGUUGAAUAUAAACUGCAGUGAGAUCACCUAUAUGUUCAACAAUAUUGGGAAAAUUGAAUUUGAGGACUCAACAAAAUUGUAUCCCCAAGAAAAUGCAAUUGGACAGACUGUUCAAAAGAAGUUUAAUACUAAAAAGAAAUUUUCUUGUCAUGCUGCAUACCAAACUAAUGAGGCACACCCAGUAACUUUGCUCUCUGAAACCAAUGAGGUGCAUUCUGAAGCCAAACCCUUUCAGUCCAAGAAAGAGGUGGUUACUAAAACCAUUGCUGCUCUUCCUCAAAUGGGAUCUAGUCCUGAUGUGAUCAUUGAAGAAAUCAUUGAAGAGAACCCGGAAAGUUCUCCAGAGCUAGUUUUGGUAAGCCAUGUAAUACAUCCUUGCCACUUCUAUAUUCGGAAGUAUUCGCAAAUAAAAGAUGCAACGUUAUUAGAAAAGAAGGUGAACCAGAUUUGCAACAAGAGUUUACAUCUCAGUCCUUCGGAUAUCUUGGACCUAGGUACAAGAAUAUUUGUAAACAGUAUUGAGAAUGGAAUGUGGUGUCGAGGAAUGAUCACUGAAUUAAUUCCCAUAGAAAAUAAAGACAUGAGAAAACCUGGGAGUCCAACCAAGUGCUCAGUCUGUGAAGUUGCACUACUGCAAAUAUUUAUGGUAGAUUUUGGAAAUUCUGAAGUCUUAAUUGUUCCUGGAAUUGGUGAGACACGUGUGAGACCAGAACACAUUGCUGAGCAGCAUAUAGUUCUAAGUGAUCUAUGCCUGGUUCUAAGGAAGCCUGACUCCUUUAUUGAAGAGAUGCUGGAAGACAUCCAGCCAUUUGCUCAGCCAUGCUCACUGAAAGACAUUGUACCGCCAAAUUCAAAUAAAGGCUGGGGAAAAGAAGCUAAAAUGGAAUUUUUGAAAAUGGUAAAUAACAAGGCUGUUUUAAUGAAAGUUUUUCAAGAGGAGGAUGGGAUGCUCAUUGUAGACCUACAAAAACCACCAACAAAUAAAAUAAGUAGUGAUAUGCCAGUGUCUCUCAGAGAUGCUUUAGUUUUCAUGGAACUAGCAAGGUUUAGGUCACAAUCACCAAGAAGUUAUGCUGAAAAUACUAUGACUUUACACUAUAAUCUACCUGUUUUGCCAAACAAAAUGACAAAUAUAUCGGUUAUGGUUUGUCAUAUAAAUAGUCCUAGUGAUUUCUAUCUUCAGUUGAUAGAGAGCCUGGAUUUUUUGUUUCUGUUAAAGACAAUGGAGGAAUUCUAUAAAAGUGAAGAUGAGGAAAACCUGGAAAUCUUCUGUCCAGUUCAAGGUCAAGCCUGUGUAGCUAAGUUUGAAGAUGGCAUUUGGUACCGAGCAAAAGUCAUUGGGUUACCUGGACAUCGGGAAGUUGAAGUUAAAUAUGUUGACUUUGGAAAUACUGCAAAAGUAACACUUAAAGAUAUGCGUAAAAUAAAGGAUGAGUUUCUGAGUCCCCCAGAGAAGGCAAUGAGAUGUAAGUUAGCAUAUAUAGAACCAUGCAAAAAGGCAAUGCGGUGGUCCAAAGAAGCUAAAGAAAAAUUUGAAGAAAAGACUCAAGAUAAAUUUAUGACAUGUUCAAUCAUUAAAAUUCUGGAAGAUAACGUGCUUUCAGUUGAGCUUUUUGAUUCUUUUGGUGCUUCUGGAAUGACUUCUACGAGUAUUAAUGACCAGCUAGUCAAAGAGGGCUUAGCAUCUCAUGAAGUUGGUUUAGAAGAAAAAAUGGUUGCUGCUUAUGAAAAUUCAAAAUGGGAACCUAUUAAAUGGGAAAAUGAUAUGCAUUGUGCUGUUUUGAUCCCUGAUAAAAAUCAGUGGCGAAGAGGCCAGAUCAUCAGAGUGGUUUCAGACACAGUGGUAGAGGUCUUGCUGUAUGAUGUGGGUGUUGAACUAACAGUAAAUAUUAACCAUUUAAGAGAACUUGAAGAAAAUCUAAAGACAAUGGGAAGAUUAUCUUUGGAAUGCUCUCUUGUGAAUAUAAGACCAACAGGUGGAAGUGACAAAUGGACAGCAACAGCUUGUGACUGUCUUUCAUUUUACCUAACUGGAGCUAUCGCAACUAUAAUCAUACAGGAGAACAACACAAUGUGGCCCUUGCCUGUGAAAAUUUUCUGCAAAGAUGAAAAAGGAGAGCGUGUUGAUGUUUCUAAAUACUUGAUUAAAAAGGGUUUGGCUUUGAAGGAAAAGAGAAUUAGUAAAUUAGAGAACAAUGAUUCACUUUCUGAGAAGCCUCUCGAAAUCUCCCUGGAACAUGUAGGUUCAGUAGAUACUACGAGUAUUAAAAUUAACUGUGACCCUGACAAAAAGGCUGCUGAUAACAGUGAACAAAAAGUAUCUGAAUGUAAGGACAAAGUUCGAGAACCAAAAUGCCAUGGAUGCUACAAACCACCUACUAUUCCUAACAUGGAAGUAUUUGAUGCAGUAGUCAGCUGCAUUGGAGAUGAUGGAACUAUUUUUGUGGUACCUAAGUUAUCAGAAUUUGAUCUAGUGAAAAUGAUGAAUGAAAUUCAGAAUAAUUUAAAAUGUCUUGGCCUUUUGGAGCCUUACUUCUGGAAAAAAGGAGAAGCCUGUGCCGUAAGAGGGUCAGAUACUCUGUGGUACCGAGGCAGGGUAAUGGAAGUUGUCAGUGGCACCAUCAGGGUACAAUAUUUAGAUCAUGGAUUCAUGGAGAAGAUUCCACAGUGUCAUCUUUACCCUAUUUUGCUGUACCCUGAUAAACCCCAGUUUUGUAUUCCAUGUCAGCUCCAUAAUACCAUACCUAUCGGGAAUGCCUGGCAACCAGAUGCAAUAGGACUCCUCCAGGAACUGCUUUCAAAGAGAGAGGUGGAAAUUCAUGUGAUGACACCAACAGAUUAUGAUAAAAAGGUUGAGGAGGAGAGUUGGGAGAUAAGAUUUGAGGUGUAUAUUUGCCUUGACCCUGUAGAAAAUUUUAAUCAGUGUAAUGACACAGAUGAUAGUGGAGUCGGCUGGGAAUCAGAAUCCGAGAGCCUGGAUGAAGCCCUGCAAAAGUUUAAUAAAAAUGUAGACACUUUACUUCCUCUGACAGAUUUUAGAACAGAAAUGCCUUGCCUUGCAAAGUAUGAUGAUGGCUUAUGGUAUAGAGCAAAAAUUGUGUCCAUUAAAGAAUUUAAUCCCCUAGCUGUUCUGGUACAAUUUGUUGAUUAUGGAUCCACUGAAAAACUGACAACAAACAGACUGUGUCAAAUUCCGCUUCACCUUAUGCAGUAUCCAACCCGAGCCAUAAAAGUGCUCUUGGCAGGGUUUAAACCCCCAGUAAGUGAUCCAGGAAAGACAAGAAUACCGUAUUGUCCCAACUGGAGCAUGGAGGCAUUGUGGGCUAUGAUAGACUGUCUUCAGGGAAAACAACUUUAUGCUUCUUCCAUGGCUCAAGCACCAGAACAAAUAGUGACAUUAUAUGAAGAUGAACAGUAUCCAGUGCAUAUGCCAUUAGUAGAAAUGGGGCUUGCAGAGAGAGAUGACUGAUGUAUAUUGCAUACAGGACAGCAUCUGUAGGGAGCUCAGAAGAGUUUCGCUUGGAUCUUUUCAGCUUAUUUUUCUUGACUUGUCCUACAAUAGUGCUUUUUUCGUUUGUUUGCUUUUUCUACAUGUUGAACCACUAGGAGUUGUUUGGAAACUAUCUGAAAACAUGGUUAAUAAAUAUUUGUUUUCAAAACUUG